AUGCAGCGCGUCGGUACCAUGCGAAAUUGUAGCAAGUCAGCUUGCGUCAACAACUGUGACCGUAAGGCCGACUGCGAUCCGGGCGGCUACGGCGAAGACUAUGUGGUCUGCUGCUCCAAAUAUGGCUUUUGCGGGACAACAGAAAAGUUCUGCGGCACCAAGGAUGUCAACCGACCGAGCUGCACCGUCGGAGAGAGCACCCGUUUCAAGCGUGUCGUUGGCUAUUACGAAACCUGGGCGACGGGGCGAGCAUGCAACCGGUUCUCCCCGGAACAGAUCCCCGCCGGCGUCUACUCGCACAUCAACCUCGCCUUUGCCAGCAUCAACCCGUCAACCUUUGAGCUGGUGCCAGCCGCCAAGGCUGACACGGAUUUGUACAAGCGCGUGGCGAACCUCAAGGCCGAGGACCCCCGUCUCAAAGUCCUCGUCGCCGUGGGGGGCUCGGACUUCAACGACACGGGGCCGACGGCGUCUACGUUUUCCGACAUUGCGAGAAGCGAAGCGGCACAGGACAAGUUCGUCGACUCGGUUCUCAAGUUCAUGUCUACCUACGACCUGGACGGGAUCGACCUGGACUGGGAGUACCCUGCGGCCAAGGACCGCGGUGGACGGGACGAUGAUUUCGCCAAUUUCCCCAAGUUGAUGAAGACGCUGAAGCAAGCACUCAAGGAGUACGAGGUUAGCAUCACGCUCCCGGCCAUCUACCGAAAUCUUCAGCACUUUGAUCUCAAGAGCAUUGCGCCGCACGUGGACUUUUUCAACGUCAUGACAUACGACUUGCAUGGCGCCUGGGAAACGCCUACCGAGUCGGGCGGGCCGUACCUUGACUCGCACACGAACCUCACGGAAAUCAAAAGCGGACUGGACCUUCUCUGGCGCAACGGCGUCGAUCCCGACAAGGUGGUGCUGGGCCUUGCGUUCUAUGGCCGCGGCUUUGUGGCCUCCAGCUCCUCCUGUCUCGGCCCGGGAUGCACGUUUGAGUCCGGCACCGAUGCCCUGGUGUGCAGUGCCGAGGUCGGCUCUGCUCUCAACUCGGAGAUUGACGACCUCGUCGCCGAGCAGGGCAACUGGCUCACCUACGACGACGAGGAGACGCUCCAGCUGAAGGCGGAUUUCGCGCGCAGCCAGUGCCUCGGUGGCGUCAUGGUGUGGGCCAUCUCGCACGACACCGAGGACGCAAAGUACUCCACGGCUCUCUCGCGCGUCGCCCCAAGGCUUUCCAGCUCGUAG